AUGACCGUCGUAUGCGAAGGUCUGUUGGCCAAACUGAACGAACUCAUGGACUUUCUUAGCUUUGCUAAAUUGCCUACUGCUGAAUUUCACGGAGUCGUCACUUUCAUGUUCCGAGCCUCUUUAGAAGAGAAAAACAAGUUUGUUUGCAUGCGUACGAUUGAUAUGCGUCAAGGUUUAAAGGUGGACAACACGACGCUGCACCCGCAAGACCCUUUUUUGCCCAAAGUAGCAGUGGUGUACGUAAGUCUAGCAGACUUUUUGUACAUGUAUUCGGGAGAGGCGACGGCAACGGAGAUCGCGGGGAUGGUCAUGUCUGGUCGAGUAUCGGUGGCUUGGAAUUCAUACAGCAAGUUGAAAACAUUUGCAGAGUGUUUCGACUUUUCAACGGAAAAAUGGGACGCGUACUAUGCAGAUUUAAAGGCUCGAGGUGUUGUAGUGAAGAUCCCAGAAUGUUUGCAAUUAUGCUGCAAACAGAGCACGAAGGAGGACAUUGAAGCGAAUUGGCUACUGGUGUCGGAUGCAACGACGACAAGUGGAGGGGGAGACUGGGAAGUGGUUUCAGAUCUUCAGUGUCUGAAUGUGUCAAAGGAGAAACGUGAGCAGAUGGAAAGGGUUUUUGACUUUACAUCGUUGGAAGAAUGGCUCACCAAGUUGUGGAACGGCCAUGGGGAUCGAUCGAAAAAAACGCAGCCAGCUCGAUCGCUCCAGUCUAACGUAAAGACUUCACUCAGCGACCUCAAGUCAAUGGCUGGAAAACUUUUUGUGCCGCUGGAGGCAUAG